AUGCGACAUUGGACACUUUUGGCAGCCUCUUCACUCAUUUUAUGCAAUUUCCUCGCAAAUGCGGUACCAACGCCCACAGAGCAGGAUAUUGCCACAUUAACAAGUCGUCGCAUAAAGAAUAUCAUUGAUAUGGGAGAAUCAUCUACAGACAAUGUCAAUAAAUGGAAAUCCUCGCUUCGAUCCUCUGGCACCUGGUCAGAUGUAGAUUACACAGCAGGUUGCGAUGCCAGAGUUGCUUCUUGGCCCGCUCAAACACAUUUGACUAGAACACGUACUCUUGCUGCGGCCUAUGCCAAAGACCCCACAGACAGUGCUGUCUUGGCCAAGGCCAUUCGAGCCCUCAACUAUUGGCUAGAUAAUGAUUUCACGACAAACGACUGCAUCGAUUGGGGAGGAAAUAGUGCUGGUAGCUGUCCUUGUGGCACACCUGGCCUUUGGAAUCCAAAUUGGUACAACCAAAUUAUUGGAACACCCACAAAUAUCGGCGGUAUUUGUUUGUUACUCCAAGACAAGUUGACCACAGAUCAGUUAGCAGCCUGCAGCAAAAUCCAGGCACGAUCAUACGCUACUGUCGACACUGGUCUUCGUUCCAUCAGCAGUUACACAGGGGCUAAUUUACUCGAUGUCGCAUCUGUUGGUAUCACCCUUGGCUUGCUAAACAAAGACGCUGGCAUCCUCAAAGACGCUCUAGAGGAUUUCUAUCGUGGUGUAGAGAUCAGUGACAAAGUUGCUGGUGAUGGCAUCCAAUCGGAUGGUUCGUUCAUGCAACACUCUGGCUUGCUUUACAAUGGUAAUUACGGCAAGGACUACAUCAACGAUCUAUUGUCAGUCUUUAUUGAAACCAAGGAGACGGAUCUCGCCCCUCCUACCUAUGCUCAAUUCGCCUUUGAAACACUGAUGAGCGGUUCAGAGUGGAUGAUGAUUGCAGACACAAAGCUCAAGUCGCUAUUGUGGCAGUACAGUGUUAUUGGCCGCAUGAUCUCCUUUCGAUAUUCGGAUAAUCAAGCCAGCGGAGGUGUAGCUAUCGACAUUAACAAAGUCGAGGCAAGUGCUGAAGGCUGGGAGAAGGAAGCAGAUGUUGUUGCUAUCACCGAUCGUUUGCAAGCUCCAUCCACUGACGAUGCUAAUCAAGGCGAUCUUGUUGGCACUCGGUACUUUUACAAUGCUGACUAUAUGGUUCAUCGUGGCCCUACCUAUGUCGUUACAAUGAAGAUGUACUCUACCCGCACAAUUAACUCUGAGUGCCUCAAUGCCCAGAACAUCUACGGCUUUCAUCUCAGUGAUGGGGCUAUUUACAACUAUCUCACUGGCGACGAGUACAUGGAUACAUUUGGUGCUUGGGACUGGAAUUUAGUGCCUGGCAUCACUGUUGAUUACGGAGGCACUCCUCUAGAAUGCUCCAAGGUCAAAAGCAAAGGAAAGAAGGCAUUUGUGGGCGGCGCAACUGAUGGAAACACGGGUAUUGCUGUUAUGGAUUAUGUGAACCCACAAAAUGGCAAUCUCGCCUUCAAGAAAACCGUCUUUUUCUUCCCUAGUGGUUAUGCUGUUCAAGUGGGUCCUGUCGCUUCCAAGAACACAGCUGCUCCUCUCGUCACUGUGCUUGACCAACGUCGUCGUAAUGGCGAUAUCUAUGUCUCAGGCAACUUGAAGAAUACAGACACAACUUACGCUACAACCAAAUCCAGCAGCAUUUGGCACGAUCGCAUUGGCUACUACUUUCCGACAUCUGAAAACCUCUUUGUCAAUUCCAGACCCAAGGCAUCCAACUGGUCUGAUAUUGGCAUAUCUGAAGGCACUGAAACGCAGCAAUUAUGGACAUCCUAUAUUAAGCACACCUCUGCCAACACCACGGGCCUCUUGACACAGUACAUUGUUCAGCCUGACGUUUCUGCUUCCACCUUCAAUGCGAAUGUCGCUGGAGGAAAAAUGCCAAUUGCCUUGGCCUUCAACGCUGAUUCUCCUCAGGUCAAUGCUGCUUAUAGUGCUGCUGACAAGUCAAUUGCCGCUGCAUUCUGGACAGCAGGCACCUACACUACCCCUUGGAACUCUGUUACCAUCACUGCGAAUAAUCCUUGUAUAUUUACUUUCCGCGAGACAAAGGCUGGUACCUACCGUCUUACUGUUGCUGAUCCUACUCAGUCUCUGGCUACUGUUAAGCUCACCAUCGAGAUUGGCGGUGUCAGCAAAUCAACAACAGUGACAUUGCCUACUGGUAUCACUGCUGGUAGAUAUGUUGUCAAAACCAUGGUGUUCUCAUCUUAA